UGUCGUGGAUUCAUACAAUUGAUAACUGUUGAUUAUGCUUUGGACAUACAGAUAAGGCUCUCAUUUAUAAAGUUACGGUGAUUCAAGGUUAUUUCCAAUCAUGCAAUCGUCAAGCAUGUUACGAGACAAUAAAAGAGUAUUGAAGCAAUUUUGCAACUGCAAGAUCUUGCGUGACAGCAGGAUUCAAACAGAGGAUCUUUGGGUGCGAAAUGGAAAGAUUGUGAAUCCAGAAAAGAUUUUCUACGAUGAAAAAAUCAAACCAGAUGUUAGAAUAGACUGUGGCGGCGCUUUGAUCUCACCGGGAUAUAUAGAUGUGCAGAUUAAUGGAGGAUUUGGUAUAGAUUUUUCAUGUAAUAUUGAUAAUGUGGAAGAAGGCAUUGCUAAAGUAGCAAAGGGAUUGUUAGAACAUGGAGUAACAUCCUUUUGCCCUACAUUGGUUACAUCUCCUACUGAGAUAUAUCACAAAAUCUUACCAAGAAUAAAGAAACAAAAUGGAGGUAGUCAUGGUGCUGGCGUGCUAGGUGUUCAUAUAGAAGGACCAUUUAUUAGUCCAAACAAGAAAGGUGCCCAUCCAGAACAUUAUAUCAGAAAAUUUGAACAGGGAUUUAAAUCAGUAACUGAUAUGUAUGGUGAUCUAGACAAUGUGUGCAUGUUUACGUUAGCACCUGAGAUAUCGAAUGCUACAUCUGUUAUUGAAGAGUUAUGUAGAAGAAAUAUUAAAGUAUCUCUUGGACAUUCUGUAGCAAAUUUAAAUGAAGGAGAAAAAGCAGUUAAACAUGGAGCAUCGUUUAUCACUCAUCUAUUCAAUGCCAUGUUGCCUUUUCAUCAUAGAGAUCCAGGGUUGGUUGGUCUGUUAACAUCCGAUCAAAUCCCACCUGGAAAAACCAUUCAUUUUGGUAUAAUCGCCGAUGGAAUUCAUACUCACCCUGCCGCACUGCGAAUCGCUCAUAGAACACAUCCGGAAGGUCUAGUACUUGUAACUGAUGCGAUAUCAGCGUUAGGUUUAGAAGAGGGAAUCCAUCAAUUAGGACAGUUUAAAAUAGAGAUACGUAAAGGAUGCGCAUAUAUCGCUGAAACAAAUACUUUGUGUGGUAGCAUAGCCGAGUUUUCCAAAUGCGUGAGACACUUUAAAGAAGCUACAGAUUGCACGAUAGUUGAGGCUUUAAAAGCAGCGACUUUACAUCCCGCGAGAACUCUUGGCAUCGAUUCUUAUAAAGGUGUUUUGAAUUUUGAGGCCGACGCUGAUUUCAUAUUACUUAAUGAAAAACUCGAACUAUUGUCAACGUGGAUUUCAGGAGAAUGUGUUUACGAGAAGAAUAUUAACAGUUUUUUUUUUUGUGAAAUAAUUUGAUGCUUGGAUGUAAGUAGAAAUCCUAAUAUAUGAAUUCAAAUCAAUUACUAUAUAAAGCAAAUGGAUAUAUUUUAUUACUAG